GGUCUGGUGCGUCAAGAUUGAAUUUGAAAGUUCUUGCAGGAAGUUCCUGACAUCCGUGUGGCAGCUUGACUCUAAAAGGGAGGUGAAUGUAGACAUCCCAAGAAGCAGACGGACUGAGACACAAACCCAGACGGGAUUAUCAGGUUGACGCGACCGAAUAGCCGGAUGAAGGGAGGAACAUGUCCGCUUUUACGUCCCCUGCUGCAGUGGUGGAACCGCGGACAUUUUUCCUGCUCGCACCGACGUUUGGAGCGAGCUGAGCGGCCGGUGUGACCGUCGCUGCCUGCUUGUCAUUGACUGCUGCCGUGUGAACAGAAACUGGGAUUAUGUUGGUAAAUCGCUCAUUAACCAUUUAAAGCGCCACAUGGUGGUGUUUGUUUAGCCGUGUUAGUCGGCGUGCUCUCCCCCACGUUGUGGUGAAAUGACAAAUGAAAUGAAAAAUAAACCGAUGGCCGAGUGUGGCCCGUGGAUGAGGCGAGCCAGCAGGUAGGUGUCCUGCAGCUGAUCUGUGAGAUGAAGCAGCAGAGGGACUGGCCUACAUGACACCUGUUGAGGGAAAAUGUUGAUGUUUGUCCUCUCACACACAUCCUUGUCCUCUUUCCUGCUCCAGCUUUAAUGGCAGAAACUCUGACCGCUGACGGUGCUGUGUGGGACUCCUUCACGGCCUUCUGCCCGCAAAUCCUCCAAAACUAACGGCAUGCUGGACGGAAGUGAUCUACCACAAGCACAGCAACGGCGAGGCAUUCAGCGGCCGCAGGACUACCGAACACCGAUGCACAGUUUGAGUUAUUUCUUGGAUGGAGCAUUUGGAGAGCUGUAAUCUCUGCAGGAAUAUUGCAAUUUCCCCCUCACAUUAGAGAAGAUGGAUUUCUCUCUAAUUAUUUAGCUGCCGUCUAAUGCAUCCUGCCUUAGAGUGGAAGCUGUGAAACGGGAUUACAUCAUAGUGUGAGUGACUGUGGAACUGUCAAAAAAAAGCGUCUAUGCUCGUCCUGAGAUCCACUUUGAUUUUCCAGAUGCAAUGUUUGUGAGAGGCACCAUGUCAGAGUGCCACAGGACUACUUAGGAGUAACUGCUGUGGGAAAGAACCAAUCCUUUGGGGGGCCCUGGACCACCAGCACCAUGGACUACCACACUGAGUGCUGCCUGUGCAAUCCUGAUGAUGGUCCAGGAGGUCUGGAUGAGCCGCCUCUUCAUAGCAUCCAUGCUCCCAACCGGAUUCGGCCGUCCUCAUACAGAGCUCUGCGGAGUGCAGUGUCCAGCCUAGCCCGCAUUGAUGACUUCUACUGUGAAAAGAUUGGCUCUGGCUUUUUCUCAGAAGUUUUCAAGGUGCAGCACCGGAUCACAGGCCAGGUAAUGGCACUGAAGAUGAAUAUGCUAGCAAGCAAUAAAGCUAACAUGCUCCGGGAAGUACAACUUAUGAACAGACUUUGUCAUCCUAACAUACUCAGGUUUCUUGGGGUUUGUGUUCAUGAAGGCCAGCUCCAUGCUUUGACUGAGUACAUAAAUGGAGGCAAUCUGGAGCAACUGUUGGACAGCGACCUUUAUCUGUCAUGGAGCGUGAGGAUUACUCUAUCUCUGGACAUCGCUCGAGGGCUUGAGUACUUGCACAGCAAGGGCAUCUUCCACAGAGACCUCACCUCCAAGAACUGUCUGGUUCGGUGUGAAAAUGGCAUGUUUACCGCUGUGGUUGGAGACUUUGGCCUGGCAGAGAAAAUCCCUGAUUACAGUGAUGGUGGGGAGAAGCAUCCCCUGGCCAUUGUGGGCUCUCCAUAUUGGAUGGCCCCUGAAGUUCUGCGAGGAGAGCUUUAUGAUGAGAAGGUGGAUGUAUUUGCAUAUGGCAUCAUCCUGUGUGAGAUCAUUGCCCGAAUUGAAGCUGAUCCAGACUUCCUACCAAGGACAGAGGACUUUGGUCUGGACGUGCAUGCGUUUGAGAACAUGAUUGGGGAUUGCCCAGCUGCCUUCUUCAGCCUGGCUGUGACCUGCUGUAAUAUGAGUGCAGAGAGACGUCCCUCAUUCUCCGAUAUUGUCUUUACGUUGGAGGCCAUGGGAGAAGACCGACAGAUACCCAUUACCCUUGAGCCAGUAAUGGAAAAUGUCAGCUCGUACCGGCGUCGCAGCUCCCCUUGUCACCCUGGAUACCACAGCCAACCAAGGAAGGGCCUGGCGAGGAGCCAGUCAGACAUGUUGCCCCCAGCAACCCUGACCCCCCCACUCCUUGGAACACCUGUUCGGGUUAACCCCUUUUCUCUCAGAAGGGACCUAAAUGGUGGGCGAUGUAAACUCUUGGACACCCCAAGCAAGUCUGUUAUCUCCCUGACCUUCACUCUGCCAGCGCUUCGUGAUACUUGUGUCUCGCCACAUCUCAGAAGUACAUCAGGAAUACAAGCUCCACUGAGAAGGUGCCAGUCCCUCCCCUGCACGCCAGAAAUCAGCCGGACUGCAACAUUGCCCUGUAACAUUGAACAAGAGCUGGUCAGGAAUGGCCAGAUGGAAGGGAAUAAGGGUGUUGCUACAGAAGUUGAAAGGAAGGUGUGGGUGUCAGAGAGGGUGGAGGAAUGGCCGGAUGGACAUUUGGAUAACACUGAAAAACGACUCAAAGAAGAGGCGAUGAAAGAGGAUUCUGAUCUUCCCCUUGAGCUGGAAAUGGUGUCUCUGGGGCGGCUGGACGAGGAGGAGGAGGAGGAGAACAAUGAGGAGAGUGUCUGUCUGACUGAACCCAUGGACUGCACCAAGUCCCCACGACCAGCAAAAAGAAUCCAGAACUCUGUACCCUUAAAACCACCGCUCACCUCUUGUUUCUCCUUACGGACCAAUGGUUGGCGACGACCAAUCUCCAAUGGACCACCUUCUUUUCCUGCACUGCCAAAGCUGGACAACAACAAUAUCUCGGAGUUGGUGAUUGGCCAGCAGGUGCAGUUAGUGGGGGGGCACUCUAAUGGCUAUAGUGAAGGCCAGGUCUCAUCCACUGACUUCACUGGUUCAUCAGAACGAGAUGAGGUCAUUUCAUGUCCAAGCUGCUGUUUAGUGGGUUUAAGUUUCCCCUCAGUGUGCCUCCGUGGUUCAGCUGUUGUGCCGGUCUCUCGUCGAAGGGCUUCGUUGCCCAGACAGCGGCAGCACCAGAACCUCAACGGUACUAUAACAGCGACCAAUGCUUCUCCGUCAGCAAAUGUCACCACAGCAGCCAAAACACUCCUGUGUCGAACCAAUGGACUUCUAGUGACGGAUCAGUCUGUACUAUGUGAGCCCAGUCGAUCCCUGCCAGAGGCACAGUCGUAAUGCUCGCCACUCAGACAUACACAAGCACUAAACUAAAAUCUUACUGUCUGAGAGUUGGAAAGCGGUAAAUAUAGAGAUUGCCAUCAUGUGGGGAUGGAGGAUAAAAUCCAACAACUCACUUGCAGUACAGAACAAAGUGUUACAACCUUCAGAAUCAAAGGUGUCAGGUAACACAUCUGGACUGCUCCAGAGAGCAGAAUGCUGCAGCGUCCAACUCUCCUCAAAUCAAAGCACUAUGAUUCAACAGCGUGUCUUAAUGAGGUCACAUUGUAGUUUAUUGUAAACUGUUUGCUCUUAGCUAGAACCUUUGUCUCCUUGCUGUUGUUGAGUUCAGGAGAUUAGUCGGCAUGACUCCACAUUUGUCUAACAGAGCUGAUUCAGAUGAGGACAAAUUCAGUGGAAUGAACUCAAAUGUCUGAUGUGAACAGCCACCGCAGGUUACACUUCCUUGCUUUUUCAACGCAACACAGCUGUGUGCUGCGACGGUCAGGCCAAGGGAUCUAGGUAAAUCUGUACAGAACAUAUUGCUGUAGAAGUUUAUACCUCAUUUUGUCUUGUUUUUAUAGAGGGAGCUUGCACAAGUAAAGAUCCAACAUCAACACACCCUCUGCUGGCUCACACUCACAUCAGUGUGGUUGCAGAUAAUGUGUUUUUAUCCUGUUUCACUGAUUAAUUGCAGCUCGUGAACGAAUAUUUAGACCUAACAAAGUUUAUUCUUUUUACAUUUUUUCUAAUAAUAAUAAUAGUGUGUGUGUGUUUGUGUGUGUGUGUGUGUGUGUGUGUGUGUGUGUGUGUGUGUGUGUGUGUGUGUGUGUGUGUGUGUGUGUGUGUGUGUGUGUGUGUGUGUGUGUGUGUGUGACUGUGCAGGAGAGAAGUAAUAUAACAGCUUUUAAUGUAAACCUCUUUUUUGUACCUGAGUUGGAAGCACUUUGUGAAAAAGCAGCAGCUGUUUUCUGUCCUACUGCCAUUUGGUUUGUAUCAUCUGUGUUUGACUUAGUGAUAACGUCUGGAUCAACACACCUUUUGUCCUUUGUAACAGUUGCUUAUAAAGCAGCUCAGAGAAUUUGUUGUACACCUCACACACUGUGUGCAUGUGCUAACUGUAAAGUGGAGUGAUUGAUACCUGCAGAUAAUUUAUUUUCUUAUUUCCUGACUUUGUUUUCCUUUUGCUUUUCUGUUAGAGUGUUUUAGAUUGGUGUGCAGUCAUCAGAUAAUAAACUAAUAUGGCUAAAAA